AUGUCGCGCUUGUACUUCGUGGUCGCAUUGACACUUUUCUGUGUCGCCUUCGUCCAGAAUGCCGUCGAUCCCCGCCCAUUCUACCACCACAGACCCCAGAAGUCUCACAGACCCUAUAGAGCCCACCACCGCGGCAACGACCGUAUUGUCGCAGUCGGCGAACUCCACAGCGACUACGACAGCACCUCGACCGUCCUCCAGAUUGCCAAGGCCAUUGAUCGCCGCGAAAACAGGAUCGCUGGCUGUGACACUUUUAUCCAGACUUUGCUGCAGAAGCUUCGCAAGCAGGCCAAACGCGUUGGUGGAGAGGUCCUCAACCUUCUCGGAAAGUAA